GCUUCAUUGGGUGCCAAUAUAGAAAUGCCUUCGGGUUCGGGUCCCUACUGCUUCAGGAUUCACGGUGCCAUAUAUCAUCGAACGAGCCACCUUCAUCCGCCUCAUCCCGGUCAAGAACAGUAUGCUCAGCUGUACAUUUUAGAUUCGGAUCAAGCCCUCAGGCAGAGAAUGAACAUAUUUGGAAAUGUUGCCCUGAACGCCGAACUCCUGAGACAGUUGGACACAGUUUUAAGGAACGUUAAUCCAUAUGCGGAAGCCUACAAGAUGCUGAAGGAAUUCGAAGAAGAAGAAACUGUACGAGAGCAAGGUGCCGAAACUGCUGCGGAUAUCCGCAUGUACAUCAAGGGUGAAAGUGUUGCUGCAGGCGAGCACAGGGGACGUUACAAUGCUCCGAAAGAAAAUGAAGUUGCAGUCGUCUUCAAGAGUACGGACGGCGCUCCUCCAUCGAAACCGAGACAUCGUGAUCCAUCC